AUGGCUACAACGACAACGACAACGACGACGGGUGUCCAGCUUAUGGACUACAAUUCAUCUUCCACAACCGUCCAAGCUGAAACGCAAGACGGUAAGGUCACAAACCGCCGCCGUAAUGCACCAACUACCCCCGCCACAUACGACAUUCAUGAUGAGAAGGCCGUGCUCCAAGCGUCACUCGCUGCGGACUCAGCAGCGCCUGACGGUGGUUACGGAUGGGCCAUCGUCGUCGCCGGAGCCAUGAUGAUGUGGUGGGCAUCUGGCACAACAUAUGCCUGGGGAGUUAUCCAGCGCAAACUCGUUGAGGAGGACCUCGCUGGUCCCGCCGUCCUGUCAUUCAUUGGUUCUCUCCAAGCAGCAAUGGUUUCAGUGGCUGCCAUGUUUCACGCCCAUCUGAUGCGCUACAUCGGCGCGAGAUGGGUCGGAAUUAUUGGCAUGACUAUGAUGGGACUGUCCGAGAUUCUUGCUAGUUUCACAACUCAUAAUGUUGGCGGUCUCUUCUUCACAUUCGGAUUUUUGACUGGCGCUGGUGCCAGUGCUGCAUUUGUCGUCGUUACCGCCAUUCCCGCUCAAUACUUCAACAAGAAACGUGGUCUCGCCAAUGGUCUCAUCUUUGCGGGCAGCGGCUUCGGUGGCGCUGCCAACAGUGCCAUUAUCGAUGUCCUCAUUCGCAAGGUUGGCCUGGAGUGGGCGUACCGCAUCCUGGGUAUUUUAACACUCGUCACUGGUAUUUCAGCAGGAUAUAUGAUGAAGGAGCGAACCGAAGUUCCCCGUCGCCAGUUUGUUGAAUGGCGAAUGUUCAAGAACGUCAACUUUACUCUUCUUUGGCUCGCUGCCGCGAUUGGCAACUUUCCCAACUUUGUCCCUGCAUUCUUCUUGCCACUUUACUCCAAAUCACUUGGUCUGAGCUCCAGCACUGGUGCUGGUCUUGUCGCUGGUUAUACCCUCGCUUCUGCCGUGGGUCGCAUCUUUUGCGGAUUUUGGUGUGACAAGAUUGGUGCCAUCAACGUCUUAUUCGCUUCAUUGAUUCUCAACACUGUCAGUAUGCUGGCUAUCUGGCCGGCCUCAUCAUCCAUCGGUCCAUUGAUUCUCUUUGUCAUUAUCAACGGUGUCUCCAACGGUGGUUACUUCUCAACUAUGCCGACUGUUGCCACUAGUGUAUUUGGCAGUGCCAGAGUUGGCGUUGUUAUGAGCAUGAUCAUGACUGGCUGGGUUGGUGGAUACCUCAUGGGUGCUCCUAUUGCAGGUUACCUCCUUCAAGCUUUUGGAGGCUCCGACGCCGGACUGCAAGCAUAUCGCCCUGCUAUGAUAUAUGCAGGUCUCAUGGCUGCAGCUUCCGCUAUUUUGCUUCUGAUUGUUCGACUGCGUAUCAACAAGAAGUUCCUAGCUCGGGUGUAA